GGAGCGGGGUUGAAGAAAGAAAUGGGUGACCUGUGGUUAUUCUUGCUCCUGCCCCUGUCAGCCUUCCAUGGAGUCAAAGGCUGUUUAGAGUGUGACCCCAAAUUUAUAGAGGAUGUUGGCUCCUUGCUGGCAAAUCUGAUACCCUCAGAAGUCCCUGGCCAAACUCAGCUGCUUGAAUGGCAGAUUAAGGAGAUGAUUAGUUUAAGCUUCAAGGUCUCCCACAGUGACAAGAGGCUUCGGGUGUUGGCUGUUCAACAGGUUGUUAAGUUGAGAACAUGGCUGAAGAAUGAAUUUUAUAAACUGGGCAAUGAAACAUGGAAAGGUGUCUUUAUCUUUCAAGGCAAGCUUCUGGAGGUCCGCCAAAACCUGGAAUCCAAACUGAAAGAAUUACUAAAGAACUUCUCUGAAGUUGUUGUGGUUGAAGGUCCCAUACUUGAUUGUUGGAUGUGUCUUCGCAUGACCAACAGGUGCUUCAAAGGAGAAUAUUGUGGAGAUGAGGAUCCAAGGAAGGCUGAGAAUCGAGAGAUUGCUCUAUUUCUCAUAUUGCUGGCAACAGUUGUAAUACUGGGAAGUGCUGUGUUACUAUUCCAUUUUUGCAUCUUUCAUCGGAGGAAAAUGAAAGCAAUACGAAGGUCACUAAAGGAAUAUUUGGAGAAGAAACUUGAAGAAUUAAUGGGGAAUAUAGAUGAGGAGGAGGAGAAAGACUUUAGACUCAGAAAAUAAACACAUCAGCAUGG